CACCUUUUUCACGCAUACAGCUGAUGUUUACUUAGAUCAAAACAAGGGAAGUAAAAUGGAUACUGGCUUAAGAGAAAGGGAGCACUUGCUCAAUUUAAAAGGUAGAUAUUUGUGAUUAUUUGUCCUAUCCUUACUCGAUGCUUUCCCAUGCUGUCUUUAAUGACUCUAUGUGGUUGUUUUGGUUUUGUUUGGUUUGUUUAUGGGUUUUGUUAGGUUCUGAUCAUAACUACUGUAAUUCUUGUUUUUAUGUUAAGUGAUGAGGCUGACAAGACCAUCGUUGUUCACAAGUGUUCCCGUGACAAACGAGUCUCAAGAUCUACCAGGUUUGGUAUUUGAUUUAAAUUAAUCCAUGUGCUCGGUGAAAUACCCAGCUGAAAAGACAUGAGUAUCAUAUUAUUAAAGGAAAAAUUUAGAACCUAUGAAUAAGGGAGUACUUUAGGUUAUGAUAUAAUUUUUUUCUAUAUAUAGAAUAAGAGAGAUGGUAAGUUCUGAGCUUGGUAAAGAAAUAGAGAAAGAUGUUUUUUGUCGUGUCAUGAGCAUGGGACAAAGAAAAAAUUCAAGUCCCCAUGAGAAAUUGAACCUCAGACCUUUGAAUUCCAUGCUCUGAUGCCCUACCACUGAGCCACAGAGACUCUAUAGGGAUUAGGUCUAUUACAAAGUUCAUAUGACACAUAUCCUGCAUACUGUUAGGAUCAGACACUGCUGAUGCUAUUAACAUUGCUGAUCCUAAAGGUAUGCAGGACACGUGUCAUAUGGACUUCAUAAUGGACCUUGCUCACUGUAGAAUCUCUGUGGCUCAGUGGUAGAGCAUCACAAUGCAGAAUUCAAAGGUCUGAGGUUCAAUUUCUCAAGGGGACUUGAAUUUUUUUCUUUGCCCCACACUCUUGACAUGACAAAAAACAUUUUUCUCUAUUUCUUUACAGUGCUCAAAACUCACCAUCUCUCUUAUUCUAUUUACAAACAUAACACUAUCAACAUUGCUGAUCUUAGCAAUAUGCAGGAUGCAUGUCAUAUGAACUUUGUAAUAGACCUUGCUCACCGUAGAGUCUCUGUGGCUCAGUGGUAGAGCAUGGGAGCUCAGAGUCUGAAGGUCUUGAAUUGGAUUCCUCAUGGGGACUCAGAAUUUUUUCUUUGUUCUACACUCAUGACAAAACGAAAAACAUCUUUCUCAAUUUUUUUUUCAGGGAAUACUUUGGAGGUUGCACACACAGCAGACAUAACAUCUGUAAAGGGACUCAGUAAAUUCGCUUUGGGUGAAUUGUUUGUCUUGCCUCACACAUUUGGGUGAGUGUUAGCAAUGGAUGUGUUAUCCACAUUCUAUGUGUUUCUGAUAGACUGUCUGUCUGUAGUCAUUGUUUGGAGGUAUGUUAGUUUAGAACUACAUAUCUGUUUAACAUCUGUCUAUUUUGCCUUAUAGAAAUAUCUUCCUUGGCGAAGUAUUUUCAAGUUAUGUCAGUGUUCAUAAUGACAGUAACCAACCAGUCAAAGAUAUUGUAAUUAAGGUAUAACUUUUGCCUCUAAUAUACAAUAAUACUUCUGUUUAUGACAUACUUAAAGGAUAGAACAGUAGACAGGAAGUGUGACCAACAGAUCAACAUACUUUAUGGACUGAACAGUAAACAGGAAGUGUGAUUAAUAGAUCAGAUAAAUAGACACACUGACAGGUAGGCUAACUAUUACAAACAAGCCAAUUCACAGCCAAGCAGACACAUAGGUUAGCUUGCCACUAAAGUAACUAGUGAAACAAACAGAGAGCAGGCAGGCAGAAGUUUUCAGACAGAAUAAGAAUAAGAAAAUGGAGAAUUCCACAAACACCUGGAAAAAUUAGUAUGGUAAUGAUCAGAUAGGGACAUUCAUCAAGUUCAAACAAAUACAGCAUAAACUUUCCCAAAACAAUGUUGAUGAUUUUUGAAUUUCUUUAAGUAUUAUUUAAUGAAAAAAGGAAAAGCUUUGAUCACAAGAUAUAAUAAAUUUCAGACUGACCUCCAGACGUCAUCUCAGAGAUUGAAUUUAUCAGGCACAGCUAACAUGCCAGUGUCUAAACUGGAUCCUGAGGAGAGUUUUGAUCAGGUUAUUCAACAUGAAGUAAAAGAACUUGGGACACAUAUGUAAGUUGUGUGAUACCAUUUAAUUUCUUAUCAGCACAAUCUUUUACUUUUAUCACACAGAAAUUAGUAAUACAAGUGAAGUGAUAACUCAUUCAGUCAUGCAAUUUUGUUGGUUUAUUUUUACAGCCUUGUGUGUGCUGUGAAUUAUGCCACUUUAACAGGAGAGAAGAUGUACUUUAGGAAAUUCUUUAAAUUCCAGGUGAUUUAAUUUGUUAUCAUGACUACAUGUACAUCCUGUGUUACACUGUUAAUUUAUCAGUUCAAAUCACAUUAAUUAUCAAGUGUGAACAUGAUGUGAUUAUUUUACACCUUUGCUCAUCGUACUUAUGUGACAAACUAUUUAUCAGGAUGUAUUUGGUAAUUUUAACAAAUAGAUAUAUUUUAUAUUUUAAAAAAUUGAUGGAAAGUGUUUUGUACCUUUGUUAGAAAAACAACUAGCUAUUAAAAUAAUUUGUUUCCUAGGUCCUCAAACCUCUUGAUGUGAAAACAAAAUUUUACAAUGCUAUGGUAUGGUAAGCAAUGUUAGAAAAGAUGAUCUAACAAAUAUUUCAAUGUGCAUGAGUUAGUUACUACAUGCAUGGUAGACUGACUCCUAAUGCUUGAUUUUUCUAAGGGUGAUGAAGUAUUUCUUGAAGCUCAAGUACAAAACAUAACAUCAAGUCCAAUGGUUAUGGAGUCUGUUAGACUAGAGCCAUCAGCAGUGUAUACUGUUACAGAUCUUAACUCUAUUACGAUUGAUCCUAAACGAGGGGAUGGUGAUGGGUGAGUGUUGUCAUACAUUGUACAUUGUAGUUCAUUGUGGCGUGGCACUCUAAGUCAGUUUGUCUGAGUUUGUUAAAGUGUUUUGUGAACCUGUCACUUGGUUUUGAUACACUGAAGCUAAUCUUAAGAUUGUCUCUACUCUUAUGUUAGAGAGGAGAGUAUAACAGAAAGUAUAUUUGGUCAGGGCUCUUACAUGAACCCAAAUGAUACCAGACAAUAUCUGUACAGGCUGGCACCAGUAGCUAACAUGAGCAAAAAUGUCAAGGUAUACAACAUGAUUUGAAUGCACUUUUUGUGGUGAAGUAAUACUCUAAGCUCCAGAUAUUUGUGGAGGAAAAAAUUGAAACAUUUAAUGGCAUUCUUUGUUGAAGGUAGCUAAUGUUGUUGGCAAGUUGGAUAUCGUGUGGAGAACAGCUUUUGGAGAAAGAGGGAGACUGCAAACUAGUCAACUUCAGAGAGUGGUGGGUGUAUUAUAUGUCUAACAUGAGUGGAGGGAGGCCACCUAACAAAGAAUAAUUUACUGCUGAGAACUCAAGGAAUGGGGAGUUUGUGUGUAUAAGAGGUUGUCUUAAGACAAGAUUUGGCACAACUUUAGCUUGUUUGAAAGAUUCUUCCAGAAAGAUUAAAUUGUUUUUUGCAUAUCCAGAAUAGAUGCACCUAGCUCUCCUCGUUCAUUGAACAUGCAUGUUAUAAGACAGGGCAAGAGAUUAAUUGCUUUUGAUCAAUUUUAGGCUCCUCCAGUGUUAGAUAUCAAAAUGAGUGUCAUCCAAAUCCCAGAUGCGGUGUUAGUGGAAAAAAGGUUUCCAGUCAAACUUUCACUAAGAAAUACAUGGUAAGAUCUUCAAUUGAUAUUAACAUGUAUAGGUUGGUGUGAUUUAUGCUUAUUUUGCUGAUAACGUUUGGUUUGUUUGCUACUUAGUGAAAGGAAGAUGGAUCUUAAACUUUUUAUGACAAAAAGUAAAGAUGGUGGACUAAUGUGGUGUGGAACAUCUGGCAAGGUACAGGGUGUAGCUGAAUAAAUAUGGUAAUGUAAAUAAAGGGUUGUUUCUUGAUUGCCACCAGAGUUUGUGACAAGUUUUCAGGGUUAUAAAUUAUAGUGGAUUCAGUAUGUGUGCUGCUUUGUUUUGGGACUAAACAUAAAUACAGACAGCUUAUAGGGUUAGUGCCAUUGUUUUUUAAUGCCUUGAUAACGUCAGUUGUUUUUACAUUUGCAAUUAAUUUUUAGAGUCUUGGUUUUCUACCCCCUGGAAAUUCAGUGGAACUGCUGCUUAACCUCCUUCCACUUGCUGCUGGAUUGCAAGUAAGUGAAGUUUGUUCAUUUUGUGUAAAACUAUGUCAAAAAUAGGAAAAUCCAUUGAUGUAAUAUGUCCACAAUUACUUUGGAAACUAUGAUGCCUGGUUUGAAUUCAUGAUAUGAUUUCCUAAAUGCAAUUAUUAUUUUUCUCCACAAGUGCAAGUCCAGUAGGAAUAAAAUUAUAUUUACAUUUUCUCUUCAGAGUGUUGGAGGAUUGCAGAUAGUGGACUGUCUUUCUUCACGUACAUACGAGCUGGAUAACUUGUCCCAAGUGUUUGUUUACUCAUCAGAAGUCUCACCAUUUUUGCACCAGUAUUAAAGGAAUUUAAAAAUUAAGACUGAAAUGUACAUUUGAAAGUGAAUGGUUCAUCAAACAAUAGGAGAAUUUUUAUCUGAAGUCCUACUGAAAGAAAUA